UCGAGACAUUUUCAUCCCUGGGUUCAACUUAACCGGCCGGAUUAAUUAGGGCGGCGGAGCCAACUGCGAUCUUCCUCCGCCUCCCCCGCCUCCCCCGCCCUGCAACAAAGUCUCGAGUCAAGCGAUCUUUCCUUUACCCGUUGCUGCUCUUCAUUCUCGUGAUCACGGAACUUCUCAUAUCGUUACGAUUCAUCUUCGAUGCCUGAUUCCUACAGGAUUUAUAGUUCAUUUAAGCUACAGUAGACAAAGAGGGUAGCAAGGCUUCACUAUUUUCGUUGGGAGGACUACAUUGCUCCUGAUUCAAUGAAGCAUAGAAGGGAAGUGAAUAUCUACCCCCUUAUCCACAAAGUCAGACAUGGAUACAAAAUAUUGUUGGCUAUCGGAGAAUUAUUUCCACCUCAAUAUCGUCUUGCUGCUAGCAUUCUUGGGCUUGGGAUGGGAGUGAGUAGUUUGUACAUGGUGUUGCGAGAAGGGAAACUGAGCAGUUUUCAAUUGUCAUGGGGAACCCAGCAAGAUGAUUCAUCCAAGAUUGUUUAUGUGGCUGGCUUAAGAAAUCUGGGAAAUAAUUGUUUUCUUAAUGUAGUUUUGCAGGCACUCGCCAGCUGCAGCUGGUUUGUCCGCUUUCUUCAGAAUGUACCAGUGAGUGAUGUUGAAUCUAUUGUAGAAUGUAUGCCACUUCUAGCUUCAUUGGCAACAUUAUUAGAAGAUCUAUGUAUUAUCCAUGAUGAAAAGACUAUAUUGGAUCCACGAAGAUUGAUGCUUGCCUUAAGUUUCUAUGCUAAUGGUUUCGCAUUAACCAAACAGCAGGAUGCUGCAGAAGCACUUCUUCAUCUUUUGUCUUCUUUAGAAGAGGAAAUUUUGCACUCUUACAUGCUGCACAGAAGUUCUCUCGCUGAAAUAAUGAGUAUUCCUUCUAGGAUUCAUAAACUAAACAGCAAAACCCAGACAGAUUUGGAGCUAUGGAGAACUUUUGUUUGUGGGCCAUUUGAUGGAGCAAUCAGAAGCACAUUAACUUGCAGGAGUUGUUCGACUGUGCUAUUGUGGGAUAUUGAACACUUUCUUUCAUUGCCUCUCGCACCUGUUCUCGACAGUAAUGGUGAUAUUAUAGAAGGGUGCAGUGUGAUAGAUUGUCUUAAGAAGUUCACAACGGCUGAAUAUCUAGAGAAUUACCACUGCGAUCGCUGUUGGCAUAUUGCUGCUAUAAAAUGCUUGUCUCUCACAUCAAAUAACAAUGGGGAAAAACUUGAUAAGCUUAAGCAUUGUGUCAAUCUUGGUUGUUGUGAUUGCAAAAAUCUACUUGAUCAACAGGAAAUUAAGUGGUCUGGUUUUUCAUGUGUAUUAAAACAGCUAAGUAUAACUCGAUGUCCUAAGAUUCUGUGCAUCCAUUUGCAGCGUGCUUCAAUGAAUGAUUAUGGUGAACUUAUCAAGCUUCAGGGUCAUGUUUCUUUUCCUUUUAUUCUGGACCUCUUUCCUUUUACCAGAACAAGUAAAACAUUGGGAGACGGAGCCCUAGUGCCAUGUACUCGCGAAAAUGCAAAUAGAAAGCUGCAGCCACUAGAUCCUCAAUUGAUGCAAAUGUAUAUUCAGUACAAGAAACAGAGUUUGGAACUUGUACAUGGAACUGCUGGAGAGGACUCUUUGUUGAAAGGUAUUCCUACAAAUAAUUUCAAAAACCGAACUAAUGAAUUGCCACAUGGCAUGUCUGGUGAAAUGAUCGCCAUAGGCAAGCACAAUGUUUCGGACAAGAAGACUGAAAUAGCUGCCGUAGCUUCUGAUUCCCAAGCGUUGUCAGGUAUAAAGGGCAGUGAAGCUAUUACAGGCUCCUAUUAUCGCCUUUCAUCUGUUGUUGAACACUACGGAAAAUCUGGAAGUGGGCAUUACGCAAUCUUUAGGAGAGUAACAAGCGAGUCAUUUGGUGGCAAUUCAAAUAGCACUCCAGAAACUGAACAAAGUCAAUGGUUUUAUGUCUCGGACCAUGAAGUAUUGAAUGUUUCCAUAGAGACUGUAUUUGCUGCAGAGGCCAGUCUGCUCUUCUACGAGAGAAUUGAUGGGAACUUCCAUAUAGCCGCAUAAGGAGGAGAAUCUGAGCUUGGGAGGGAGCGCAAGGAACGUGCACUUGCUGUAUGUCGGAUCUGGUUGAAGGGGCUGAAGGUCUAUGCUCAAUGAACGUGCAUGAGGGGAGCAGAGCAGCACUGCAAAAUAUCUCAAAAUGCAUGCCCCAGUGAAAGAAUAAAAUAGCUGUCCUUUCAUGUGAAUCAUGAUGCGGGAAACAAUUAUAAGACCUAAUUUGUCAUGUUUGGGCAACUGUAAGUUCAUUUUUUUAAUCACAUAUUCAAACCUGUAAUGCGUCUGAGUUGGUAUUUCAGCAAAACAUAUUCUUGACUCUUUAGUUUGAAAGUAAAUGUUGGAAAAAUGAAUGAAAUAAAGAGGUGGAGACGAAAAAAUUUUAUUGUGCAUGAGUUUAAUCUCACAUUAGAAGUCUCUUGGCUUUA